AUGGUCAUCAAGAUUCACAAUAUGCGGCUAUGGGCUGUGAUAGGAACUAUCAUGAAUGUUCAUGAGAUUCAGGUUGGCCAGAUGUCAGUGGAUGGUCUUAUGCUAUUCAAGUACCGGUUAUACCUUCGCGACAAGUUAAAAUAUCUUCGACAACUUUGUUUUGAUGAUCAUCAAUCAAUUCUAGAGAGGUCUCUCCUCUCCCUGUUGGUUACUAAUACCCUGUUAGAUCCGCAGCUUCUCAAGAGCUAUGGCUUCUUAUGGCUGUGUAAUAGAGGAUAUAUGGAUAUGGACGAAUGGGAAUGGUUCUAUGGAACACAUUGUAUCCCCAAAUAUGGCAAAUCUCAAGCCGAAACCUCCGAUGAGCUUCGGAGUUCAGUUUCAGCUGAGCCUUUACGACUAGACGACGGGGACGACGGGGACGACGUGGAUAUCGAGGUUGAUUCGCGUAAAGUUUUCAGCUCCCCCAAACCAAUUCAUCAUCAGAUAUGCUCUUCCAGAUUCUACGAAGAGUGUAAGCUUUUGGCAAACACUCACCCCGAAUAUGCCUCAUUAAUACGGUACAAACUUGUUCCAAGCUUCAGAUCCAAUACUUGGGGAGUUGUUAAUGAUUCUCCUGCAAGCCAUGUUCAAUUUCCCACGAGGUUUCUCCUAACAACCAUACGAUGUAACUGCAUUCAGGUCGCCGGCUUAUUACUAAAGCAUGGAUUCGACCCGAACUCUGUAGAAGUGAGAGAGACACCUCUCAGUGUCGCUGCUGAGACUAACUCAAAAUUGCUCAUUAGACUCCUGCUAAGUUAUGGUGCCGAUGUGCAAAUUGCGAUUCUCGUGAUAAAAAACCAGGACUUGGCAUUCGAGGAUGACGAUUUGGAUGGAAAAUCCAGGAAACUCAGGGCUAUUGGCAAACUAAUUAGGCUAUCUGAUACCUAUUUCAGCGACUUAUCUCGGAAGGCAACACAUACCAAUUUCCAACUUAUGCGACUGAGAAAUAAAUUUUGGGGCGAGCAUAGCACUAUCGUAUGUGUUGCUAAGGACGAAUUCCAGAAAGGCAAAGGCUCCCUAUGGGUAGAACCGUACUACCGCUCCGGCAAAGAACGAUCUUAUUCCUCAGUCCCCCGGGACGCCACUAAUUUGACACGAUAUUUGGGGGCGAAUACUAGCUCGGCGUGGACUACGCCGACUCCAAAUAGCCUGUUACAAUAUUGUAGAACGAACAUGGCAAUCUCAAGUGACUGGGCACGGCAUCUUGAGAUGGACACGGGCUCAGCCUGGACCCUAGCAGUCUCUACAAUGCGUCAGCUAUGUACUGGGGCUCCCCCCACUACCUGCAACGAAGUGAUUCUGUUCCUUUGUCUGGCGAAGUCGAUGGCCGGUAUUGUCGAUGAUGGUUCCCAGAAACUAGAACGCGCAUUUUUUGACGACAUUUCUCGUUGGCAACUCACAUUACGCAAUCCUUACGAAAUCGAUUUAUUCAUCGCCGCAACGAAGGCAAUCUGGAAUAUUGACGCUAGGAUGUCUACGAAAGGCGACAUUCUAGGCCACAAACUGUUCACAAAAACAUUGCAAAGGUUUCAAGAUCUUACAACUCUGCUGGCUAGUCAGGCUAUGCAUAUUCUCCAAGUAUCCGGCCUUGAUGACUUAAGCCUCGAGAAAGUGCAACGUCGAUGCCAAGAAAGACAAAGACGUAUGAGUACAGGGUCAUUCGAACCCCUGGAGUCUGUAAACACACCAGAUUUAGCACCUAAAAUUACAGCGGAACCAAUCGAAAUAUCGCCAUAUAGCGAUAUUUCAACUUGCGAUGACAAUCCUCCCGAUGUCAAUCCCCACCUGGCAAUCCUAUUAGCAGGCGCUAUAUUCGCCAUCAUGCUGGCUUUCCUGCUCGUGUUGCGCAAUCCACUAUAUGCUACUGCCGUUGGGGUUUUCCUAGCACUGGAUGCAGUCGGGUGCGAUCCUACGCGCCUUGUCGAACGUAAUUACGAGCUACUGAAAUUGUUCAUUCAAAUCAGCAUCGAUACUGCUAGCAGCGAUGGGGCGACAUCGGUUCAAGAAGUGCCGUGUAUCUUAAGGUUUAGACAUACCGUAUCCUCUUGCUUCGGUAACAUUUCCCAAGCUUCUGAACAGCCUUCGUUUGCGAGUGGAUCUAGCAGCGACAGCGGUACACUGCUGGCGUCUAAUGGACAAGUAAGUCCAUCAACAAUUGCACGGUUAACAACUUCAGCACGUUUACCGGCCAGCGGGGAAAAGAAAUUUAUCUGCGAUGUGUGUGGUCAUGGCUUUGAUACGAGAUCAAAUCAUGGGAAACAUUACAGAGACAUGCACGAGAAGAAACGCUACCUUUGCUCUGUUCCAGGAUGUGGAAAGUCCUUCCAGCGCAACGAUAUUAGAGGUCGGCAUGAGGAAAAACGUCAUUUUAUUAUAAGGACAGGCGUUCGCAAGAGAGUGAAGCAACACACUCCGUGA